AUAUAUUGUUACGAAUGUGCUGUAUGUGAAUGAUUGUAUGUGUAAUGUGAUGAUAUUGUAGCAUGAUGCAAUGUUAGCUCAGCAUGGUGCAACUCUACUUGUUGGGACAAGAGAGACAGGAGGGGGCCCGGGGCCGCCGGGCCGCCGGGCAGGAAGUGCUGAGUCGAGCAGUGGGGGGAGCAAGGGUGGCUGAGGAGUUGUAGUGGAGAAGACGCGUGUCUGGGCUUGAGAGAGUGUUGAGCUGCUCCGCUCGCGAGCUGUGUGCAUCCGGUGUGCGUGUCUGCCGUGCCCCUGUACUGUGCCUGAUUAACCAACUGUUCUGUGCCCUUGAAAGUUGCUGUCUUGUGUGAGGAACCUGUCAUUAAACUAGAACUUAGUGUUGAACGUGUAUCCUUUGUGCCCUGCCUCGUUCUCUCCUCCCCUCGGUGUGCGGUGUGGGCCGCUGUGACUGUGAGUGACUGGUGCCCGUGUGGCUGUUCUGGUGAGGAUCACGCCACCUGCCUGCCCGUGUAUGGUGUGUGGUAGGGGGGGUGGCGUAACAUUUGGUGUCAAAGGAGUGGGAUAAGUGAACAGUGAAGCGCGCCGAGUCGUCAUGGCAUCCCCCAAUGGUCGCCGUGAGGGUGAGGAGACGGGCAAGGCCGAGGCUGACGUGGGUGAGGUGAAGCCGGGCCAGAUGGACUUGUUCGCUGCCAUGUUGGCCAGUCUGAGGCAGGAAUUGGAUCAGAGAACAGAGAGGGCAGAACAGAGGGCAGACGAGAGGGCACGCGAGCAGGCUCGGAGGGCAGAAGAGAGGGCAGACAAGCAGGCCCGCCAUCUUGCCGAGGUCCUCCAGAGUUGUUUCUCGUCGCUGAAGGCGGAAACCCAGCAGUACACCGACCAGGGCUGCGACAGCGCGAGGAGUGAACGGCUGGAGGAGGUGCGGACCCGGGAAGGCGAGGUCCGAGGCCUGAGGGAGGCGGAGACGCAGCUGCGAGAGGUGGCACCGUCGCACGCGGAGGAAGAAGGCUCAGUUCUGGCAGGAAGCGCCGGGGCGGCGGUCCUUCAGGGGUCUAUCUGGGGCUUCUGGCAAGGACUCCUGGAGCCUGGUAGCGUCGUGGCGGAACCAAUAGCUGCCGCAGGAGGUUGGGGAACCCCCGCCUCGUUGCCUCCCUCACCCCCACCCUCUCCUCCAUGCCAGCCGGCUCGCAGGUCACGUAGUCCGCUCUCUCUCCCAUGGCAGCAGCGAGAGGUGGCAGCGUGGUGCGGGGAGGAACAAGAAGCGUCACGUGUGCUGGCGGCGGGUGCACGGGUGGCGGACUGGCGGGGCUCCGCGUGGGGUCCCUGGCAAGGGCCCCUGAAGCCCGGUGGCGUCGUGGCGGAGCCGGUGGAGGCUGCAGGAGGCUGGGGAGCCGUCGGAGCCGCUCCCUUGGGUCCAGCUGGUGCUGGAGUCGGAGCCAUUAACCCUGCCUCGUUGCCUCUCUCACCGCCUCCCUCUCCGCCAUGCCGGCCGGCUUGCAGGCCACGUGGUCCGCCCGCUCCCCGCUGCAGCCCCUCGGCCUCCCCGCGCUCAGGGAGGCUUAAGCCAGCGGAGCACGACGGGAAGUUGGCAUGGGAGGCCAAGUUCAAGAUGCCAGCUGCUGCCCAGAGCUGGGGCGAGGAUGAGAAGGCGCUGCUGCUGACGACAGCGCUACGGGGCUCAGUGGACGGGCCCGGCCGCUUGGUGGGGAGCGCCGAGAGGACCUUGGGGCGGCCUGACAUGCCGGCCGCUACACGACUCCAGGACGCGCCACAGAGGCUGUGUGGCGUCACGGGGCACUGCGUGCAGUCUGAGGGCCCAGUGGAGGCUCGUAUCGGCGUAGGCAGCGCUGUGGAGCGCCGGCCGAUGGACGUCGCCGAUCGAGACGAGUCGUGCGUGCUGGGCCUCGACUACCUGCCGCAGGGCGAGGCCUGUGCCGACCUUGGACGGGAGCUGGAGAGGCUGCGCGGACAGGCGCCUUUGCUCCCGAAGGUCGGCUGUGCAGAGGUAGUCGCGGCGGAGCGACUGCACCUUGCCCCGGGGACGGAGGCCAGGGUCCUGUAUUGCCGGUCGGACGCGAUGCCAGGGGGAGGCACGGUGGAGUCCACGGAGGGCCUGCAGCUGCCUGAUGGUGUGGCAGCCGGAGGGAGUCUCGAAGGAGCGGGGGAGGAGUCAGUCACGGUGCUGGUGGCUAACUCCUCCGACGAGGCUCGGAAAGUACCCGCUGGUGCCAAGCUGGGCACCUGUGAAGAGGUGGAGCAACAAGAGGAGGCGUCGGGGAGUGCGGAGUCGGCCGCUGUGAGGCCGCUGCCCGACUUCCUGGAGGAUUUGGCGCACCGGAGCGCCGCUAACCUGACGGAGGCGCAGACGGAGAAAAUGCGCCACACCCUGGCUCGGUGCGCGGACGUGUUCAGCGGGGGUGGAUUGGAUCCACUGGGCUGCACGGGGUUGGUGAAGCACAACAUCAGCACGGGAAAUGGUGCGCCCACCAGGUGCCCGCCCCGACGUGUCGUGCCGGCCAGGCGGGAGGAAUUGCAGCGCGCCGUCAACGAGCUGGCGGCGCAGGGGGUGAUGGAGCGGACAGACUGUCCGUGGCCCUCAGCAGUCGUCCUGGAUAUGAAGAAGGACGGCACGCAGCGCUUCUGUGAGGACUGCCGGGCGCUGAGGGACGAGACUGGCGAGGACUCCCACCCCCUGCCGUGGACCGAUGACGCGCUGACGAAGGCCUUGGAGUUGGGGGCCUUGACGAUGACCAGCGGCCUAGGAGCGGCCGCCCCGCCCUGCCAUGACCUCCGGGGCCGGAUGGCGAAGGUGAAGAUGAAGGCAGCGUCGAUAAAGGCGAGCCCGGAGGGUCUCCGUGGCUCGUGCGGGGGCUGUGGCAAGAGGGGGCAUAGGUGCAGUCGGUGCCUGGGGGAGCGAAGGACGCGUUCCCUUGACCGGCCGAGCCCCGAUGCCCACCAGCCUCGCUGCAAGGACUGUGGCCAGUCAGGCCACCGCUUGAGUGCCUGUCCCAGGCCCAGGGACGCGGCGCGGGCGGGAAGCGCGGACGGGCUGGAGAAGGGAGUCGACUUCCAGCCGUCUCCCGCCCUCGGGCCCCGCCUUGAGUAAGCUGCCGCCGCCCGACCAGCGUGUUGCCAGUGGGAGGCUUAGCGGUUGUAGCCACGACGCGUGACAGUGGACACCGGGGGCUGAGGAGUGCUCGGCAUGGCCUGACCCAGGGUAGUGUGUGCUGCUGGAGGGGCCAGUGGAGGCUCGUAUCGGCGUAGGCAGCGCUGUGGAGCGCCGGCCGAUGGACGUCGCCGAUCGAGACGAGCCGUGCUUGCUGGGCCUCGACUACCUGACGCAGGCCAGUAAGGCUCGUGGUGGCCUCGGACGGGAGCUGGAGAGGGUGACCGGAAUGGUGCCCUUUGCUUCCAGGAGGUUUUCGAGCAUGGCUGCGUGGGGAGGUAGUCACAGCCGGGCGAGGGCACCUUGCCCCGAGGGUGGAGGCCAGGAGCCGGUGUCGACUGUCCCGAGCGUCACGUGGAGUGGAUGGCGUGGAAGAGCCCACUGAGGCCUGGCGGGUGGUCGACGGCGUGGCUGACAGGCGGAGCCCCUUGGGGGCGCGAGAAGAGACUGUGGAGGACAGACUGAUUUAUGUGCAUUGCAUGUAUUUUUCUGUGUUCAAUGUUCGGCCGGGAGCUCAGGCUACCGGUGGAUUUAACCACGGGCGGCCCCCCGACGUGAGCUUGCCCACCGUCACCUCUGGCUUCGCAGCGGCACUGCAGGAAAGCCUGGCUGAGGUGCACCGACGCGUACGGGGCAAGCUCAAGGUGGCAGGCCAGGCCAUGAAAUGAAGGAGACAUACGACCGGCGCAGGAGAGGACGUAGGCCCCAGCAGCAGCGACGAGGACGUGUCAGAGGUUGACCAAGGGGCGAACGAGAACAUGGGCGGUGCGGGCGAAGCGGCAGAUGUCAGUGACGACCCUGAGCAAGUACUUGGGGCCGACGACGCGGCUCUGGGUGCCACCGCCUGCCUGCCGCCGCCUGCAUCCCAGCGGCGCCCUCGGCGAGAGAGGCGUCGGCCGGGAUGGUUAAGAGACUUUAGUGAUGUCCCAGGGGACUGAUUAGUUUGAUUAAUUUCAUGUUUUGUUUGUUGAAUGUUGGGGCAGCCGGGUCGACUGCCUUCUGAAGGGGGAGAUAGUGUUACGAAUGUGCUGUAUGUGAAUGAUUGUAUGUGUAAUGUGAUGAUAUUGUAGCAUGAUGCAAUGUUAGCUCAGCAUGGUGCAACUCUACUUGUUGGGACAAGAGAGACAGGAGGGGGCCCGGGGCCGCCGGGCCGCCGGGCAGGAAGUGCUGAGUCGAGCAGUGGGGGAGCAAGGGUGGCUGAGGAGUUGUAGUGGAGAAGACGCGUGUCUGGGCUUGAGAGAGUGUUGAGCUGCUCCGCUCGCGAGCUGUGUGCAUCCGGUGUGCGUGUCUGCCGUGCCCCUGUACUGUGCCUGAUUAACCAACUGUUCUGUGCCCUUGAAAGUUGCUGUCUUGUGUGAGGAACCUGUCAUUAAACUAGAACUUAGUGUUGAACGUGUAUCCUUUGUGCCCUGCCUCGUUCUCUCCUCCCCUCGGUGUGCGGUGUGGGCCGCUGUGACUGUGAGUGACUGGUGCCCGUGUGGCUGUUCUGGUGAGGAUCACGCCACCUGCCUGCCCGUGUAUGGUGUGUGGUAGGGGGGGUGGCGUAACAAUAUUAUA